AUGGCAGCGCAAGGCGAGUUUGAGCUGCGCAGCGAUGGUCAUUGCGAACGCAAGGUCUUUGUCAUCAGGAACACUGACUUGGAGAUUGGUGACGAGUCGAUUUCGUCAGAAUGGACGACUGACUCUGAAGCUGAACGAGCUGAACAAGCUGCCCAACAAGACAAAAAGGGAAGCCGGGGAAUCCUGGAGGAGAAGCAAAAUCGAAAAAAGCGCAAGAAGAGAGCUUGGCGUUUGAGAUACCUGCUGCAACGCAGACACGAAAGCAGCGAGAGCAGCUCUUCAAGUCAUGCAAGCAGCAGCACCAGCAGUGACAGUUCCAGCAGCACAGACGGCGGCGAGAUUGGCAGCUUCAAGCGCCAGCGACAGCAGGUUCAGCAGCAAUGGAACCUGCUUAAGGGACGGACAUCCAACUUCUCGCCUCCCGCUGACAGCCCGCCCCCGCUGGCUCCACGAAGCGUGGCUGAUGAGCAGCCAUCAAGGCAUGGAGAACUGUAUUGGUUCGAAGCCCCUAAGAAGUAUAGAAGCUUUGCUCUGGCACCAGCAUUUCUACGUCAGGAGGAUAUCGAGGCGAUUGCUGCUGCGGCGAAGCAUGCGUCCGUGAAGGAGAUCAACGAUCGCAAAGGCUAUCUGGCCUUCAAGCACAGGGUUUGGCGCUUCGAGCUUCAGCUCCGCUCUCUCUCGCCUGAGCUCUACGCGCGACUGAUGGCUCUGAUGCGCAACGCUGAUGAAGCGCAGUGGCAGCGGCUUUGCGCAAAGUCGAAGAAAGUUUAUCCGGAGGUGGAAUACAUAGAGUACGAUGUGGAAGAAAUGGGAGAGCCUUGCUUCAUUGAGCCUCACGUUGACAACAAAUCAGCGGUGACCUUAGUAGCGAUGCUUUCUGCACCGGACGCCUACGUCGGCGGGCGAAGCUGCUUUCGAAGGGCAGCGGGAAGCCGGGGCCACCGCGAGGUCACGCUCCAAAAGGGGGAUGUCGUGCUGUUCCGUGGUGAAAAGCUCGUGCAUUGGAUCACGCCGGUCACAGCUGGCCGGCGAGUCAUCCUGCAGAUCGAGCUUUCCAGAGUCUAG